AUGCCGAAGCGUGAAAAGCCAAGCGUGGACACGUCGACUCUCCAACAGGAGGGAGGCGCUAAGGUUGAGUUGCGCCCCAGGAAUCCUGGGGAAGCACUCAAAGUUGCCAAGACCGUCUUGCGCCGACGUGAACAGAAUCUCGAGGAAAAGGCCGAGCGAGCAAAGAAGAUCCGGGGCCUGAAGCGGAGGGAAGACCGCGACUGCCAUCAGCAGGUCAUCAAGUCGGCACAGUACUUCGUGAAGCGCGCUCGCCUCCGAUCUGUCGACAAUAAACGAGUCGUUUUCGCAAAGAAGACACCUGCGAAGAAGCCGCGGGAGCAAGAACGUCGCCCGCUCAUUCUGGCCGUGAGAAACGGAAGAGAAGGAGGCAGUCCGGAGGUCCAGGCCGGUCUCAAGAGACUCGGCCUCAGAAAACCGUUUUGGGGCACUGUUCUGCGGAACGACGAGGCGACGCUGCAACAGCUGCGGCUUCUCGACCCCUUCGUCUUCUACGGCUACCCAACGUAUGCAACCCUUCGCAAGUUGUUCCUCACGAGAGGCUGCCUGCGAAUCAACGAGAAGGAGUCCACGCCGCUAACAGACAAUGCGAAAGUCGAAGAGCAUCUGGGAGCGUACGGCAUGUUGUGCGUCGAGGACGUCGUGCAAGAGUUGUGGAAAGGUGGCGGUCACUUCGACGACAUCAAGCAGCAUUUGUGCGCCUUCCAACUGUCCAAUCUGAAGAAAGUCGAAGGACUUUACGCUCGGCGGAAUGAGUUCGGAAACAUGCGCGAAGCGAUCAACACAAAGAUUUGGAAGAUUGCAUAG